UGAUUUGAUUCCCCCAGCCCUUAUAAUCCAAUCCCAAUCCCAAUCCCAAUCCUAUCCCAAAAUACCAUGCCCUUUUUUUCUUGACAACACUUCGUACCAGAUAGAGCGAAGAGCGACAGUGAUCUAGAUCCUACAGGAAUCGGAAUAAUAAUAAUAAUAAUCCGAUGGCAUCAACUCUGAUCUCGAAUCCCGUAGCCACCUCCGAUCGUCCCCGCGACUCUUCUAGAAUACAACAACGCAACAAGAAGAAGAAGAAGCUCCAACCCAAACACGAGCAACCCCACCACCUCCAACCUCUGCCCUCCCACGCCAAGUGGAAAUCCCCAGCCCAGCAGCAUCUCUACUCCUCCAAGUUGCUCCAGGCCCUCCACCACGUCGACCCCACCACCUCUUCUUCCUCCACCUGUCCUCCUCCUCCCCCCCGCGGUCGCGCCGUCCGCGAGGCUGCCGACCGCGUCCUGGCCGCCGCCGCCAAGGGGAGGACCCGCUGGAGCCGCGCCAUUCUCACCAACCGCCUCAAGAUCAAGUUCCGCCAGCACCGGAAGCAGAGCGCCGCCGCCGCCUCGGCUGCCGGUGUCGGAAGAUUGAAGAAGCAGAAGUUUAGCGUUUUACGGCUGAAGGGGAAGGGAUUGCCGGCUGUGCAGAGGAAGGUGCGGGUGCUCGGCCGGUUGGUUCCCGGCUGCCGGAAGCAGCCGCUGCCGGUGAUUCUGGAGGAGGCGACAGAUUAUAUUGCGGCCUUGGAGAUGCAGGUCCGGGCUAUGAGCCGGCUGACGCAGCUGCUUUCCGUCUCCGGCGCCGGCGGAUCAAGUUCUUCGCCGCCGCCGAGUUGAUUGGACGCAGCCAUUCGCAAGUUGCCAUGUGUCAUUUUAUUUUUCUCUCUUCCAGUGCAAGUAAUGAUCAUCAUCGUCAUCAUGAAUCAUGAAGCAUGGUCUCUGUUAAAUAGCAGUGUCGAUCUUUAGCUUAAGAAAAAGCUUUUCUUUUUUCUUUUCUUCAAGUAAUUCUAUUCCACCAUCAUCACCCACCCAAGUUUGGAAAAGAAACAAAAUUUUAAUAGAAUAACUUUGAACUGCUGGAUUAGAAUUUGAAGAAAGAUGGAUUCUUCUCCUUCUUCUU